GGCAACUCGAAUGGAAUGCCAGACAACGCUUUUCACAUACAGACAACUACAAAUCAAUUUUAAAGAAUUUAUUUCACAUUACAGACAAAUUAAAUUCAAUGUCAGACAACUCUUUUCUUUUCAGGUUUGCUGGCGCAGAGAGCACUUGGUCCAGCGCACGUCGGGCUCGAGCUCGAAGGCACAAUAAGUAUCGACCCCAACAAUCACCGCCAUGGCAAAGAGCAACAGAUCUUGUCUUCCCUGACGGCGAGUUUGGUGACGGCGUCGGAAACUACCGCCGUGUCGUUACGAAGCAGAGUGGGCUCUUCAUCCGUCUGAGCAGCAGAUCUAUCCCAGAUAUUGUGGAGAGACAAGAUGCGGCCGGCGAGGCGGCAGAGCAACUUCUAACAGCGUCUGUCGGCGCUCCUGCUGGCGACGAUCUUCAGCAGAUGCCACGUCAUGAGAGUGACGGUUGCUCCGUGUGAAAUCCUCUUUUCUGAUUUCUUUUUGUUUGUGAAUGUGCCAGAACGAGUGGGAAGGAGAAAGUGAGAUGAGGGUGAAAGGAAGAUGAGG